UGGCGGUUAGCAGAAAUCAGCCUCUGAACAGGUCGGUAGUCAACAGGCUCUUUCGUGAGCUAGGCCUGUCGGAGGACAGCAACAGAGGCUGCACAUAGGCUGUGAGAUACUAGGGGUCCCGCACCAGGAUGGCUGACAAAACCAAGCCUCCAGAGGGCGGUGCCCCGCAGCCCGCAGCACCACCCCCCAAACCUGGGGAAGAAGCCAACAAAGAAAAGGAGCCCCCUAAGCCAUCAGUGCAGCCCAAGGAUGAAGUGGGCACAAGAAAAGGGUGUCGCCGCUAUCGGUGGGAACUCAAGGACAGCAAUAAGGAGUUCUGGGUCUUUGGGCAUGCCAUCGUCAAGCUCAUAAGUUUGGGCUGCCUGAUAGCGGCACUGAUGCUCUUGCACGGGCUCCCCGUCCAUCCCAUCAUAAUACUCAUCAUCAGCAUGGAAUUGUCCAUCUUCAUCUUCUUCAUUGUGCUCAACAGCUUCGCCCUACAAAGAUACAUGCCCUUCAUCCUGUGGCCCAUCACGGACCUCCUCAAUGAUGUGUUCGCCUGCGGCUUCCUCAUCGGAGGCAUAGUGUUCGCCAUGAGGGGCCGGCAGAACGUGCCGACGCACUAUUUAAUUGCUGUGAUCCUCAUGGGAGUGGCUGCCUUUUUUGCCUUUAUUGACAUUUGUCUCCAAAGAAAACACUUCAAGGGCAAGAAGGUCAAGAAGAACGUGCUGGUGCCCCCGCCGCCCAAGGGUCAGGAGCCACCCAAAGAAGCUGAGAAACCCAAGGAAACAGAAGCAAAGGCAGAAAAGGACAAAGGGAAGGACAAGGACAAGGACAAAGGAAAGGACAAGGACAAAGGGAAGGACAAGGACAAAGGGAAGGGGAAGAAGUAACUCGAAGGAGACGCUGGGCGUCAGAAAUGGCGGUGUGUCACACAGCCCACCGCAUUGCUAUCACUGUCUUCCUUCAACAAUAGUUGCCUUUUCCAUCUUCAUCACCACCUCUUCUUGUCAAAGAAAUCCCCUUCCCCCUUAAAAGAACUCAAAAAACGUGAACUUGAUGUCGAUGUGAUUUUGUUCAUUGCACAAAAGUUCCUGGAAGUUACAGCUGCAGGGCAGGAGGCCUCCAGAGCUGGGCCUGGGGCACACGGGGUGGCGAGGAGGGG